GAGUCUCAUGUCUUUUUGUGGCUCCUAAGGGAUGUGGUUGUUGGUUGAUGUGUUGAAAUUUCGGUCUCUCUGUUCAUACGACCAGGGUGGCAUGGGAGCCGAUCAGCAAAGGGUCAAGCCGGGAAGCGCAAGCGGACAGUCUGACACUGCCCAGAAUUAUGGUAUGGGGGGGGCUAGGGGGGGGGGUAUGCCACCAACAGGGUCGUCUGGGUCUGGUUACGGAGGUGGAGUCAGCUCUUUACAGAUGUCUGGGAGUCAGGGUGUUGGUGGCAUGGGUGGGAAGCUUGGUGAUUACAGUUUGGGGGGUGGCCAGGGUGGAACAUAUGGUUCUAAGGCUGUAGACUAUGGGAUGGGAGGUGGGUCUGUUGGACCUGCUGGAGGAUUCAAGACGGAUUAUAUGGGCUCUGCAGGUGCUGCAGGAGCUCCUGGUGGAAGUGUUGGUUAUGGUGGCAAAGGCUCCGAUUACACUGGCGGGUACUCUUCAGGAGGCCUGAAUGCGACAAGUCCUGGCAUGCAUGGUGGAUAUGGCUCCAAUCUGGGUUCUUCGGGUUCUGUGGAUCGGGCAGAAGGGCAUGGGGGUCAAUAUGGCCAACAAGGAACGGCUGGUGUGGGCCAUCCUUAUGGUCGAGGUGAUGCGCAGGGGACAGUGUCACAGGACUCGAUUCUGAAAGAGAAGCAUCGUGAGUUCUCAAUGGGUUGGGCUGAUUAGGGAAUUAGACUCACUUUCAGAGAUGAGCAUUUUCUUUUUGAAUCGGCACUUCACCCAACCCGACAUAAUUUUUUAAGCACAACCCACCCUCAAAGAAACAAAAACAAAAAAUCUCAAGGUGAUGCAACCCACCCGAGUGUGUUUUUCGAAAAUUUCCCCCGACACCAAACCCGCCCGUCACCCAUAAAAAACCUUCACCCUCACCCACCCACACCUGCGAGAACAAAAUUACCCACCCGCA